AUGUUAUUUACAAAGCAAUAAGAUUACAAUCCAAUUGAACAAUAUCAACCUACCUCAUUGAAUUAUGGUUCAGGCAUUUAUACAACAUAAAAACCUAAAAUUGUAUAUAAUAAUGGGAUAAUUAAUCAAUAACCAAGAACAAGAGCUGAGAGAGUACUUUAAUCAAUUAUUGUAGGAAUAUCAAAAAGAAAUGGAUAUAAAAUCUGCUGGUCCCAGAAUUCAGUAGAAUUGUAUAUAAUAUAAUAAAAUCUAGAUUCAUAGAAAGAUGAUAUGAAAAGUCUUUUACAUAGUGCAAUGCCUGAUACAACACUUUUUCAGGCAGGUAUUAUUAUUAAUGUAAAAUAGAACGAGAUAGAUUUGCUAAAGAUUUUGCUGCAGAAGAUAAAAAACAAAGAGAAUUGCAAUACAAACUUAAAUAAUUAUCUUAUGAAUCAAGAAGAUUAGCUAAUCUCUAAAGAGAUGGAAUAUUAUGGUAACGAAAUGAAGAAUACAUUGUUAAAGUACUUUAUUAAAUUAUAAAAAGGAUGAAUAACGUAGAUAAUAUCAUUCUGAAUAAUUUACAAAAGGAAAAAGAAAUACUAAUGGAUUGGCUUACAAUCCUAUUACUUUAGAAUAUGCAUAAAAUGAGGCUGGUUAAGCAUUAAAACGAUAUGAUGAAUUACAUUAAGUACGAAAUUUUGUAAGGGCAAAAAAUUUAGAUACAAGAGCUAAUUGUGGUUAUAAUGUUUUAAGUGGUAUUUAGAAUUAAAGAUAAUAAUAGGUUAGGAUAGAUAAGGUAUUGAUCACAUAGUUCCAGAUGAACUAAGACCAGACUAUCAAUAAAAAGUUAGGGAUUUAUAAAAUUAAUUAAAUUUAAAACAUUAUGCCAUUUAAUAAUAAAUAUUUUAAUGA